AUGAAAGUCACUAUACGGGAAUGGAACGCUGUCGCCGCAUGGCGUUGGGACAUGCCAGACGACGAUGUCUGUGGUAUCUGUCGCAACCCUUACGAUAGCACCUGCUCCAAGUGCAAGUUUCCUGGAGACGAGUGUCCACUAUUGCUGGGAGAGUGCAACCAUUCCUUUCACAUGCACUGUAUUUUCUCCUGGCUCAAGCAAGAGAGCUCUCUAGAAAAGUGUCCCAUGUGUCGUCAGCUCGAAGAGUCAAGACGCGCCAACGGCCACCGAAACCCCAACACAGCCGCAAGAACCCGAUACGAGCCCACUCCUUCCAUCAAUCCCCACAACAUGUCUAACAACCCCGACACUACAGAGCCCCUCUCAGCUAUUCACGCGUCGUACUCUCCACGAUCAACACCAUUGCAGCGCGCCAAACAUUCUCCCGACGACGUGCUCCGCGAGCAACAGCAGCCUGGCGAUGCGCCAGAGGACGAUGACGAUGACGAUAUACCGUAUCCCGAGCCUAGUUUCGAGCAGCCAUUGCUACCACCACCGAACUUCCGACCUUUCUUUACUCUAAUCGAAGAUGCAACGUCGGGCGAGCACUACCACCCGUAUACACACUAUGUCUUUGCAGACGACGACCCGACCAUCAUAACCGCCGCAUCGAUGCGAGGCUUAGGGCUGGAUGAUACAAAGUACCUCCCACAGGAUGGACCAGGUGGUGGUGAGAGACGACGGAACCAGGAAAGUGAAGAAGGAGACGAGCAAGCCUCACCAGUCGAGUCACCGCUUCCCCCACCUAUACCGGGUGUAAAGGAACACUACCUCAUAAUCGAUGUCGCGGCGGACGGACGAACCAUCGCAGAUGCGCAGUCGCUUUCAUCGGAGUGGCAAAUAACGGAAACGGAUGUGCGAACAGCUCCGUCGUUCGAUGAGGAUGCGCCAGAUCAAGGGUACAUGCUCCGGAUUCAAGGCGUUGAGAUACCGAGGAAGAGCAAGGGAAAGGGUCAGGCUGGUCUGGACAGGCUGAACGAUGCGAGGGACCAACAAGCCGAUAUCUUCGAUGCACUAGACGGACUAGUACAGGGUGUCCAAGGAGGAUUGGAGACUGCGGGCAAGAUCUCGGGCGCGAGGUCAAGAAUAGGCGAACAAGGCACACUGGCCGAUGCUCGUGAGGAUGAUAUAAGCAAGACGGUGGGUGAUCAAGCAUGA